CUGGACUUCAUGGUUUGAUCGAGACGACCCUUCUGGUACUGGAGACUAUGAAAUUCUUUAUGAAUUGUACAAAGAAUAUCCAGGGAAGAUAUGUGAACAUCCAAAAGGAAUUGAAGUUAGAACCAUAUUAGGAGAAAGUGUUGGGUCAACAGCCAAUGUGAUUCAAGUAUCUGACACACACAUUGGAUUUAUUUGUCGUAACGCUGACCAGCCACACAAUUGGCCUUGUCAAGAUUAUAAAGUUCGUUUCUUGUGCCCCCUCGAAUUUUGCAAACCAGCAGAAUGCUGGACUCCAUGGUUUGAUCGAGACGACCCUUCUGGUACUGGAGACUAUGAAACUCUUUAUGAAUUGCACAAAAAAUAUCCAGGGAAGAUAUGUGAACGUCCAAGUAGAAUUGAGGUUCUAACGACACCUGGAGCCAGUUUUGAAUCAACAGGCAAUGUCAUUCAACUAUCUGACACACACACUGGAUUUAUUUGUCAAAACACUGACCAGCCUUGUGCAAACUAUAAAGUCCGUUUCAUGUGCCCCCUUGAAUUCUCCAAACCAACAGCUGUGACUGCUCCAGAAUGCUGGACUCCAUGGAUUAAUCGAGACAGCCCUGGUGGUUUUGGAGACUAUGAAACUCUUUCCGACCUGCAGAAAGAAAAUCCAGGGAAGAUAUGUAAACAUCCAAUUGGAAUUGAGGCCAGGACCGUAUCAGGAGCCAGUGUUGAGUCAACAGGCAAUGUGAUUCAAGUAUCUGACACACGCACUGGAUUUAUUUGUAGAAAUGUUGACCAGCCUUACCAUGGGUUUUGUGCAGAUUAUGAAGUUCGUUUCUCGUGCCCCCUUAAAUUCUGUGAACAUAAAGUGUGCAAGACAUCGUGGUUUAAUCGAGACAAACCCAGUGGCACUGGAGAUUAUGAGCUACUUGAUAAAAUCUAUGCUGAAAACCCAGGUGAAAUGUGUCGUCUUCCACUUGCCAUUGAGGCCCAAACUGUAGAUGGAAAGCCUUCCACUUCAACAGGGGACACCAUUGCCAUUGUGGAUAACAAGACUGGGCUCAUCUGUAGAAAUUCUGACCAGAUGAAUGGACGGUGCUCUGAUUAUAAAGUUCGUUUCAUAUGUCCCGUUGAUUUCUGCAGAACAAAGGAGUAAUCAUGUGAA